AUGGCAGUCGCUGCACCCCACGACGUUCCGAAGCUAAUUCCGAAGCCCGCCGUAAUCGGCCCCGAGCUGUGGGGCCGCGCCGUUCCGUUGAGCGAUGUCGCGGCUCUCUCUUCCGAUGACGAAUCCAACCAAGCACCUCGCAUCCUACUUGCUCUCACCCUCAUUUCUCGCUACCUCUCGAUCUCUUCUCGAUUGAUUCAGCUCGAUGAGACACUCCGUGACCCUGGCACGGGCGUUGUUCCAACAUCGGCGCCGGAUCCGAGCCCCGCCCCGAUAGUCGUCGCCCCGCCAGAUGGGCCCUCCAAGCCCGUUGCCUGGCGGGAUCUUCCCCGCAAGAACCAGCUCCUCGUCAUCACCUUGGCCCGCCUCAGCGAGCCCCUCGUCCACACGUCCCUGACGGCGUACAUGUUCUACCAGCUCAAAUGGUUCGACCCUUCGCUCUCCGAUGCCGUCAUCGCCUCACAGGCUGGUGUCCUCCACGCCUCCUUCACCGCCGCCCAGUUCACGACGGCCCUGCUGUGGGGGCGCCUUGCCGAUUCGCCGGUCUUUGGUCGUAAGAUGGCCCUGUGCUUCCGGCUGCUGGGUGGUGUGACCAACGGCAACGUCGGCGUCAUGAGGACCAUGAUCAGCGAGAUCAUACGCGACAAGAAGUACCAGUCGAGAGCCUUCUUGAUCUUACCCAUGACCUUCAACGUCGGCGUCAUCAUCGGGCCCAUCCUAGGCGGCCUGUUGAGUGACCCGGCCGGCAGCUAUCCCAGCGUCUUUGGCCAAGUCGAGUUCUUCAAAAAGUACCCGUAUGCCGCGCCGAAUCUCGUCAGCGCCGUGUUCCUCUUCACGGCGAUGGCAUCCAUCUGGCUCUUCCUCGAAGAGCACAGACUCUCGACGCCCUUCACGACCACGGCCCAGACGUCGGCAUCCGGUUCAGACUAG